CUUCACCCCGCUCCUGAAAGGCGCUCCUUGCAGCUUUUCGGACGCUGGACUUGGGAGAGUUUAAACGCCGGCUAUAGCGAUGCCCCUCAACGUCAGCUUUGCCAACAGGAACUAUGACCUCGACUAUGACUCGGUGCAGCCGUAUUUCUACUGCGAUGAGGAGGAGAACUUCUACCAGCAGCAGCAGCAGAGCGAGCUGCAGCCGCCGGCGCCCAGCGAGGAUAUCUGGAAGAAAUUCGAGCUGCUGCCCACGCCGCCGCUGUCCCCGAGCCGCCGCUCUGGGCUCUGCUCGCCCUCCUACUUCGCUGCGGUCGCGUCCUUCUCCCCAAGGGGAGACGACGACGGCGGCGGCGGCAGCUUCUCCACCGCCGACCAGCUGGAGAUGGUCACCGAGUUGCUAGGGGGAGACAUGGUGAACCAGAGCUUCAUCUGCGACCCGGACGACGAGACCUUCAUCAAGAACAUCAUCAUCCAGGACUGUAUGUGGAGCGGCUUCUCGGCCGCCGCCAAGCUGGUCUCUGAAAAGCUGGUUUCCUACCAGGCUGCGCGCAAAGACAACGGCAACCCGAGCCCCGCCCGCGGCCACGGCGGCUGCUCCACCUCCAGCUUGUACCUGCAGGACAUGAGCGCCGCCGCCUCCGAAUGCAUCGACCCCUCGGUGGUCUUCCCCUACCCGCUCAACGACAGCAGCUCGCCCAAAUCCUGCGCCUCGCCGGACUCCACGGCCUUCUCCCCGAGCUCGGACUCUCUGCUGUCCUCGGCCGAGUCCUCCCCGAGAGCCAGCCCCCAGCCCCUGGCGCUCCACGAGGAGACGCCUCCCACUACGAGCAGCGACUCGGAGGAAGAACAAGAGGAUGAGGAAGAAAUUGAUGUCGUUUCUGUGGAAAAGAGGCAGCCCCCUGCCAAAAGGUCAGAAUCGGGAUCCCCCUCCAGCGGUGGCCACAGCAAACCCCCUCACAGCCCGCUGGUCCUUAAGAGAUGCCACGUGUCUACCCAUCAGCACAAUUACGCAGCACCCCCCUCCACCAGGAAAGACUACCCGGCCCCUAAGAGGGCAAAGUUGGACAGUGGCAGAGUCCUGAAACAGAUCAGCAACAACCGCAAGUGUGCCAGCCCCCGGUCAUCUGACACCGAGGAGAAUGACAAGCGCAGGACACAUAACGUGCUGGAGCGCCAGCGGAGGAACGAGCUGAAACGGAGCUUUUUUGCCCUGCGGGACCAGAUCCCGGAGUUGGAAAACAACGAAAAGGCCCCCAAGGUCGUUAUCCUUAAAAAAGCCACUGCCUACAUCGUGUCCGUGCAAACAGAGGAGCAAAAGCUCACUUCUGAAAAGGACUCCUUGCGAAAGCGGCGAGAACAGUUGAAACAGAAACUCGAGCAGCUCCGGAACUCUUGCGCCUGAGUGGACCUGGUAGAGGGAGGAACUGGAAUCGCUCAGACUUCUCACUGGUUACUGUUGGAAAGUGCGGGAAAGGUUCCCUCUGACAGGAGCGCAGCAACCCAUUACCUAUGGACUUCUCUUCAAGUGCAUGCUGGUCAGUGCAACCUCACAACCGUGGCUGGGUCUUCUGAAAGGGUUAGCCAUAUAAUGUAAACUGCCUCAACUGGGACUCGGGCAUAAAAGGACAUUUUUAUGCUUGCCAUUUUUUUCCUUUCACAGAUUUGUAUUUAAGAAUUGUUUUUAAAGAAUCUUAAAAGUUUACCCAAUUUUUCCUGUGUAAAUAGGGCCAUUAAAUGUAAAUAACUUUAAUAAAACGUUUAUAGCAGCUAUACCAGAUUUCAAACCCUGUAUUAUAAACCAUGAUUUUUUUUAUUUAAGUACAUU